AUGGGUGCUGCGUUCCUGUCUUCAUGGCCAUGGGAUAACCUUGGCUUCUUCAAGGCAUGCGUCGCCGUUUCUCCUCAGUAUGUCCUGUACGGGCCUCUGGUGGGGAAGGCGUUGGCGGGGCGGGCGUGGGAGGCGGCGAGCCCCGACCGCUGGCUCUGCCUCCUGCUGGCGCUCUUCGCGCUCAGGGCCUUGACCUACCAGCUCUGGAGCUCCUACAGCAACAUGCUCUUCCUCACCCGCCGCCGCCGCAUCGUCCGCGACGGCGUCGACUUCGAGCAGAUCGACAAGGAGUGGGACUGGGACAACUUCCUGAUACUGCAGAUAACGAUGGCGGCCACGGCGCUCUACGCCUUCCCGUCGCUGCGGCACCUCCCGGGGUGGAACACCGGGGGCCUCGCCGUCGCCGCCGUCCUCCACGUCGCGGCCACCGAGCCCCUCUUCUACGCGGCGCACAGGGCCUUCCACGGCGCCCGCCUCUUCGCCCGCUACCACGCGCUUCACCACUCCAACAUGGUGCCCACGCCCUUCACAGCCGGGUUCGCGACGCCGCUGGAGCACGUGGUGCUGGGCUUGCUCAUGGCGCUGCCGCUCGCCGGCGCGUGCGCCGCGGGUCUGGGCUCCGUGGGGCUGACCUUCGCCUACGUGCUCUCUUCCGACUUCCUCCGGGCCAUGGGCCACUGCAACGUGGAGCUGUUCCCCGGCGGCCUCUUCCGGUCGCUCCCGUUACUCAGAUACCUCAUCUACACCCCAACGUACCACACGAUCCACCACACCGGGAAGAAGGCCAACUUCUGCCUCUUCAUGCCGCUGUUCGACCGCCUGGGCGGCACGCUCGACGCCAGCUCCUGGGAGCUGCAGACGAAGAACAGAGCAGGGAUGGACGAGGUGCCGGACUUCGUGUUCCUGGCGCACGUGGUGGACGUGAUGCAGUCGAUGCACGUGCCGUUCGUGAUGCGGACCUUCGCCUCCACGCCCUUCGCGGUGCGGGCCUUCCUGCUGCCGCUCUGGCCCAUCGCGCUGCUCUUCAUGUUCAUGGUCUGGGCCUGGUCCAAGACCUUCGUCAUCUCCUACUACCACCUCCGCGGCAAGCUGCACCAGAUCUGGGCCGUCCCCAGAUACGGCUUCCACUAUUUCCUGCCGUUCGCCAAGGACGGCAUCAACGACCAGAUCGAGCUGGCCAUCCUGAGGGCCGACAGGAUGGGCGUCAAAGUCGUCAGCCUUGCAGCUCUGAACAAGAACGAGGCGCUCAACGGCGGCGGCACGCUGUUCGUGAACAAGCACCCGAACCUCCGGGUGCGCGUCGUCCACGGCAACACGCUCACGGCCGCGGUCAUCCUCAACGAGAUCCCCAAGGGCACCACCGAGGUCUUCAUGACCGGCGCCACCUCCAAGCUCGGCAGGGCCAUCGCGCUCUACCUCUGCAGGAAGAAGAUCCGCGUCAUGAUGAUGACGCUGUCGACGGAGAGGUUCCAGAAGAUCCAGAAGGAGGCGGCGGCGGAGGACCAGCAGUACCUGGUGCAGGUGACCAAGUUCCAGUCGGCGGAGCAGUGCAAGACGUGGAUCGUCGGCAAGUGGCUGUCGCCGCGGGAGCAGCGGUGGGCGCCGCCGGGCACGCACUUCCACCAGUUCGUGGUGCCCCCCAUCCUGGGCUUCCGCCGGGACUGCACCUACGGCAAGCUCGCCGCCAUGCGCCUCCCCAAGGACGCCCGGGGCCUCGGCUCCUGCGAGUUCUCGCUGGAGCGCGGGGUGGUGCACGCCUGCCACGCCGGCGGGGUCGUGCACUUCCUCGAGGGCUACGCGCACCACGAGGUGGGCGCCAUCGACGUCGACCGCAUCGACGUCGUCUGGGAGGCGGCGCUCAAGCACGGCAUCCGGCCCGUCUGA